AUGGCAUCCUCCAAAGCCUUACCAUCACCACCACCAUCAACAACCGAAAGUAAACAACAAAACCCACAAUCAGAAGAAAUGGUCACCCCAACCGCCUCGGACAUCUCCUCCGUCCUCGACUCCCCGGCCAACAAGGCCCAAGAAGCCCACCACAUCGCCUUCUUCAACUCAAUACCCUGGUGCUCCUCCCUCCUCGGCUCCACCCCCAACCUCAUCAUCUCCCAGUCCGUCUCCCGCAUCAUCCGCCCGUCUGGGUGCGAGGAGGACGCGCUCAUCUCGCAGACGCUAAACUCGCCGGACGCCAUCCCGGCCUACAUCACGUUUUACUCUCCCCCUCCCAAACCUACGGAUUAUGUCAAUGAGGUCAAGUCGCUUAUUGCCUUGGGACCGAAGGUGAAUGGGUGGGAGGGUAUCUGCCAUGGGGGGAUUGUCAUGACGCUUUUGGAUGAGGUGAUGGGGCAGAUUUUUGCGGUCAACAAGGACAGCGGGGCAAUGGGGAGCAAGAUGCCGCUUUUGACGGGGUAUCUGAACACUGCGUUUAAGAGGCCUGUGAGAACAGGGACGAAGGAGAAGCCGGCGAUUGUGUUGGUUGUUGCUAGGAUGACCAAGAUCGAGGGAAGGAAGCACUUUUGCGAGGGGGUGGUGUAUGGGGAUGAGGAGGGGAGGAAUGAGCUGGCGAGGGCGGAGGCCUUGUUUGUGCAGUUGAGGGAGCAGAAACUGUGA